CGAAGAAAUGGGGCGGAGAAUGCACGUUUACACGCACCGCGUCAAAUUCGUCUAAUUUCAUUGGAAACAUGUCGGCAGCUGAGAAAAUGACCAAGGAGUUUUCUGAGAAUGAUGCAUUGGAAACCGUACCUAAAGUGAGAGACUCAAGCCAGCCAGAUGAAGGUGAUGCAAGUACUGCCACAGCAGUGGUUACGAAGGAGACCGAGCCGAUUGGUGGAAUGCUGUCACAGUCGCUGUUCCAGGAGAUUCAGGGGGAUGGUUCGAAAAAUGGGGAGGAGAGCGAACGACUAUCAACAACAUCCUCUUCUGUGUCCAGCAGAAACCUUGCAGGACAUGCAGCGAAGACCCUUCCAUCCACAUCCUCUUCACUCUCCUUCACUUCCUCUCCACCUGGCAGAGCAAAGAUGAGUGUUUUUGGUCCUGGAAGUAAAGCUCUCCUGCCCCAUCCCUCAUCCUCCUCUCCCCAUCCCUCAUCCUCCUCUCCCCAUCCCUCAUCCUCCUCUCCCCAGACAGCAAAGAUACACCGUGCUCGCAAGACCAUGAACAGACCUCCCCCAACACAGGUGAGGUGCAUUGAGUCUCCAAUCGUGCCAGUUAACCCCACAGAUCCCACGACCAGCUUCACGACAGACAGCGAUACUGCGGCAGCAAAAAGGAGAAGGUUGGGCCAAGGUUUUGACUGUACACCUGAGAAGGCAGAGAGCGCUAUAGGCACAGAGCAGAGGGAAGAUCGUGUACUCCGCGAGGCUGCGAGACGGCGUGAUAGUUGGCUGGAGGACUUGGAGGAGGAUGCAGAUGAGGACGAGUUCCUUCUCUAUAACCCCUACGCAAGAGACGACACGGAUGCAGCCUAUUCCGACAGCAAGUCUGAAGAUGGUAGAAUAGAGGAAAGGCUACAUGAAAGAGAGGCAGAGGAGUCUGGUAACAUGACAGAUCAUAGCUCUGAGUCAGACCCACAGAGGCAGGGCCAGAGGAACAAAGUGAGCAGCGAUUCGCCAUGGACUCGCCCAGGGCGGGGAAAAGGGAGAGAGAGAGUCGAAGGAGUAGAGGCAGGAAGAGUGUCGGCAGCAUCUGCUCUAGGUGGGUCCCGCGAGUACACAGAGGUUGCCUUGGGCUCCCUGGACAUCGCGGCUGCAGACAGCCUAACACGCUCACCUCACCACGAAGGCAGUGAUGGUGGGGAGACGGAGCGUCUGGAGGAGCUGCCUCUGUGCAGCUGCAGGAUGGAAGCACCACGCGUAGACGGCACCAGCAGACGGCCCAACAGACUCUGCAUGGCCACAGAGAGCGUCAAUGGAGAGCUGGUGGGCUGUACCAAUAUUAUUCUGAAGGGGGAGACCAUGCGCCCGUCCAGUCGAGUUUCCCUCAUGGUGCUGUGCGAGAGCCAUCGGUCACAUAUGGUCAAACAUCACUGCUGCCCUGGAUGUGGAUACUUCUGUAUCGCGGGCACCUUCCUAGAGUGCUGUCCGGACCAGCGCAUCGCCCACCGCUUCCACCGGGGCUGUGUGACAGUGCUGGGGGCUGGGAGGGGCAGGGGCUUGGGCACGGGCAUGCUCUUCUGCCCCCACUGUGGCGAGGAUGCCUCGGAGGCCCAAGAGGUCACCAUCCCCCCCUCAGCAUCUGCGGUCACUGUGGUCACCACCUCAGCCUCCUCCACCACCACACCGUCCCUCCCACCCUCCAUUCCCUCGGCCCUCUCCCUGGCGGCCUCCACGGGGGGCGCUGAAGAACGGGAAGAGGCCAGAAGGCCCUAUCAGGUGAGGAUGGAGGCAGAGAUGCGAGGAUGCGUGGGGUGGUUAAGAAGGACCCGGAGCAGCAGCCCCCCCAAGCCGCUGUGGCAGCCGGGCCUGUCAACGCAGCUCCCCCAGGGGAGGGGGGGAGUGGACAGUGUGGGACCCUCCCUCUGUCUGCCCAAUGGGAAGCCAAUCUGUCCCAGUGCACUUCCCCCUGGGCCCAGUAGGGCAGCGCUGCAGAAGGCUAUUCUCACCCAGGACACUGAGAGGAGGAAGAAGCUGAGGUUCCACCCCCGCCAGCUCUAUCCAGCCGCCAAGCAGGGCGAGGUGCAGCGAGUUCUGCUCAUGCUCAUGGAGGGCAUAGACCCAACCUACCAGGCUGAAUCCCAGAACAGACGCUGUGCUCUCCACGUUGCAGCCCAGAGAGGCCUGCUGGAGGUCUGCUACAUGCUGGUGCAGGCAGGUGCGAAACUGGACGUCCAAGACAAGUCCAUGAGGACCCCUCUCCUGGAGGCCAUCGUCAACAACCAUGUGGAAGUGACCAGGUACCUGGUCCAGAGUGGAGCCUGCGUCUAUCACACUGAGGAAGAUGGCUACACUGGUCUCCACCACGCAGCCAAACUGGGAAGUCUGGACAUUGUCACCCUUUUGUUGGAGACGGGACAGGUGGACAUCAACGCACAGGAUAGUGGAGGAUGGACAUCUAUCAUCUGGGCUGCAGAGCAUAAGCACAUCAAUGUCAUCAGAGCACUGCUUAACAGGGGAGCUGACGUCACCCUCAAGGACAAGGAGAUGAAUGUGUGUCUCCACUGGGCGUCCUUCGCAGGCUGUGUGGAGAUAGCAGAGAUGGUGCUGAAUGCUGGCUGCCAGCUGUCCUCUGUCAACAUGCACGGGGACACUCCCCUACACAUUGCUUCCAGGGAGGGCUUCCUCGAGUGUGUCACGCUUUUCCUCUCUAGGGGGGCAGACAUUGACAUCAUGAACAGGGAGGGGGACACUCCUCUUUCUCUGGCGCGUUCCGAUUCGCCCGUCUGGGUGUCACUCCAGAUAAACCGGAAGCUGCGGAGAGGGAUAGCCAAUCGCAUGCUUCGUACAGAGAAGAUCAUCAGCAGUGACGUAGCCCAGGGGUAUGAGAACGUGCCUAUCCCCUGUGUGAACGCAGUGGAUGAUGAGGGGUGUCCCUCAGACUACAAGUACGUCUCCGAGAACUGUGAGACUUCAGCCAUGAACAUCGACCGCAACAUCACGCACUUACAGCACUGCAGCUGCACAGAUGACUGCUCCUCCAGCAACUGUCUGUGUGGUCAGCUCAGUAUCCGCUGCUGGUACGACAAGGACCACCGGUUGCUCCAGGAGUUCAAUAAGAUCGAACCGCCUCUCAUAUUUGAGUGUAACCUGGCGUGCUCCUGCUACCGCACCUGCAAGAACAGAGUGGUGCAGGCGGGGAUCAAGGUGCGUCUACAGUUGUACCGGACAGAGAAGAUGGGAUGGGGAGUACGGGCUCUACAGGACAUUCCCCAAGGUAGCUUCAUCUGCGAAUAUGUUGGAGAACUCAUCUCUGAUGCAGAGGCAGAUGUAAGAGAAGAUGACUCCUACCUCUUUGACCUGGACAAUAAGGAUGGGGAGGUGUACUGCAUCGAUGCCCGUUACUACGGUAACAUCAGCCGCUUCAUAAACCACCUGUGCGACCCUAACAUCAUCCCCGUGCGUGUAUUCAUGCUACACCAGGACCUGCGCUUCCCCCGCAUCGCUUUCUUCAGUUCCAGAGACAUCCUCACAGGACAGGAACUAGGGUUUGAUUAUGGAGACCGCUUCUGGGACAUAAAGAGUAAAUACUUCACCUGCCAGUGUGGAUCAGAGAAAUGCAAACACUCAGCGGAGGCCAUCGCCUUGGAGCAGAACAGGCUCGCUCGACUGGAGGCCUGCCCAGAAUCAGAGACUGACCCUGGGCUUGCCAUGUUAGGAAACUCCUAGGCUUCCCUGGUGCCUGUUGCAUGUAUUUUUUUACAGUCACUUCAUUUUGUAUGAAUUUGUGCAUUUGUUUCAGUGUGGUAGACAAAUCUUAACUUCUUCGAUGUAUAGGGUAUAAGUGACUGGACAAAAGGUGUCUUCUGUGUAAGACCCUUUCAUACAGUAUUGCCAUGAGAGAUCAAGUUAUGCUCACCACUUGCUGUGCCAAAUACAUACUGAAUAAUUCAUUCCACAGUACUCCACCAUGAUAGUCUACUGCUGUGAAGCAGUUGAAGUUGCCAACAGCUGACUUGUGUAGUAAUGAAGUUAUGCAUAUGUCUUUGUUUAAAAAAAAAACAAAGUCCCUUUUGUUUUAUGUUCUGUCAUUUAAUAAAUAUGAUUACAAAUCGA